AUGCCUUGCAUUCGAGAGGAAGAUGACGAUGUAGAGUACGACACCUCUACUUCCCGUUUUCCCAGGAGCAGAUACAAUGAGAUCAGUGCUGGUGCAGUCUUGGGCUUAGCGAUGCGGUAUGCCCAUUUUAUCGGCUUAGACCCGUCAGCUAUAGCUUCAUUGGAGAGAGAUGGCAAGGUACUUUCAAGUGAAGAUGUUGAUUACUUACGUGUUUACUAUAACUUGUUGACAUGCAACUUCAAUUUGAUGCUGACAUCGGGAUUUCCUGCCUCUGUUGAUUUCGAUCCAAAUAUAUCCGUGAGGAUUACUAGGGCAUUCGGUUCACAGAAGGCAUCCCAAUAUCCGGGUGAUGUUCGAGUUAGCGGGCUCGUGGAACUCGUGGCAAUUGUGAAUGAUGCGAUGCGCAGCUCUGGGGAUGUUACCGGUCGUCAAAUUGGGCUGGCUCGUCUACUGCAACUAAACGAGGAGCUCGUUGAAUGGGAAAGAGCCUGGUUAGUUCGUUUAGAGAACACGGAAUCAAGUCAUAACCAGCUGCCUUUCAAUUCCGUGCGAUGGUACCGACUUUCAUUAAACAGCGCCUCUCUGACACCCUUGCUUUCUGUUGAUACCAAGUUCCCAGGAAGGCCGAUUUUGGCAUCUUUACAUCGAACGUUGACAAUAAGUCUCACUUCUGCAGCGCAGAUGAUACUAUCUUUAUCUAUAUAUGGAGCAGAUUAUGUCUGGGAGCUUGAUUCGCAGGACCCAUCUACCUUUCCCAAUGGGCCUUAUCAUGCCGAUCCAGAUUCCAUUGACCGACUGUUUUGCGCGGUUGAUUCUACAUGGAUCUCCCAUACUUUUGCGGUAACAUUCUUAGCACUGUGCUACAUCAGGGGUAUCAUCAAUGAGAAUCUCCAAAUCAGAACCUUUACUGAUGACCCGAGUAUCUCGAGUCGUCUUCCUAAGUUUUCAACUUCCAUUCUGGCAAAGCUACUUCAGCUUGCAAUGGAAAUAUUCGAUGGAGUUUGCUCAAUCGCUACCUUUCAUACUGCGCGUGACUUUCAGGGUGUUGUUCAUUAUGCUUCUUCGCUUGUACUCGAAUCUGAAGACGACAAGGGAAGCGGGGAUGUCAACGAUUACGCAUUUCAAUCCCUGCUGGAGAUCAUGAAUGAUUCUGGGGUCGAUUGGGCAGGGAAUUUGCUCGAGGGCUUUGGUGAAAACUUAGAUUGGAGUGGAAACUUUUAG